UCCUGCAGCCUUGUGAGCCUGGAGGGGUUUGAUGGGAUGGACAGCAUUGGUAGCUCCUUGCCUUCAAUGCCUGAACCAGCCAGCCCAGUCAGCAUGAAGCAGCCACCCGAGUCCUUGAGUGUAGGGAAAGGCCACGGGGACAUAGGCAGCGAUCCGGCCCUGCUGAUGGACAAAGCUGCGGUGCAGCUGGCCGCCACGCUGCAGGACGGCGUCCUCCAGAAGAUGACCGGCCACAACAAUAACAACCACGGCCAGGAGAGGCUGAAAGGCCUGACUUCGCUGGUGCUAAACGGAGACCAGGAGACGCUGCCGAAGCUUUGUACUCCAGAGCCUCCUGUGCUGAAAGGCGCCGAAGCCCCCGCCACUAACGCCACCCAUCAGGUCAACUGCGCGCCUCACGCCGAACCCGAGUUAAAGGUGACUAUUCCCCAGGUGGUGAAGCAGCCGUUGUUCGAACCAUCCUCUGCUAACGGGACCAGCCUGGUCUCUGUCGCCGACGGUACUUUAUCUGCGCACAACGAGAGACAGGACGUGAAGAAAAGGAAGGGGAGGCUCCACAAAACAAAACCUCUCCUGAGCUGCUGCUCCUCCGUCGUUGCUGUGGAGCCUGAGCAGACAGGAGCAGCUGAGAAGGUGGAGGAGACCGAACUGACGGAGCAGCCUAAAGAAGAGGCUCUUCUACAGACCCGGUUUUCUGUCGGGGAUCUGGUUUGGACCAAGGUGUCUGGUUACCCCUGGUGGCCCUGCAUGGUGACCACAGACCCCGAGUCCAACUGUCACUUCAAGAAAAAACAGAAGGUUAACAGCAGGUUAGGCUCCGUUUACCAUGUGCAGUAUUUUGGAGAUGCUCCGGAGCGAGGAUACAUCUUUGAGAAGAACAUGGUGCAGUUUACUGGGGAGGAUCAGUACCUGGAGCUCAGCCAGAGCAACAAACAGCCGGUCUCCAGCGCCACACAUAGAAAGGCGGCUCCCUCUGUGCCCUGUAAGCUCCGGGCUCAGUGGAACAUGGGCCUCAUUCAGGCCAAAGAGGCCCUCGGCCUCUCCCUGGAGAAGCGAGUGGAGAACUUCGGGUUUCUUUACGAUGAAAACGGAUCCCACCUGAACUCUUACAUCUUGGAGAAGCUGAAACCAGAAAGGAUCGACAAGACGGAGGAAACGGAGUCCAGACUGGAUCCAGUUCUCUCCUCCUUGCUGAGUCUCGCAGAUUCUGCAACAGAUAAACGAGCCGAACCGAUUGUACACCAGAAGAUCAGAAGUCGCAAGGACGGCCGGCUUCCUGCGAAUUUGGGAGGGAAGAAGAAAUCGUUGGAUGAACGUUGUGACCUUGAGAAUAAAACGAAGCCAGCGUCUUCGACUGAUGACGGUUUGGAAGCAACGUCCCGUCACGUUUCAGCCCCAGUGAAAAAAGAGCGAAAGAAGAGGUCUAAAAGGUCACUGACAGACUCCGAGACGGACAAGGAUCAGCAGCUCAAAAGGAGGCGUAAAACCAGCAAAACCACUGAAAAACUGGCCUCAGUUUUAGAAGAUGGAAGCAAGAAAAGGAGGAGGAAGAAAUCUGAGAAUGACGACGUGAAAGAAACGAGAAAAUGGACCAGGAAGCCAAAAACUCCCCAUAACGGUGAGCUGAACGCAGAGAAGCCGAAGCGUCGGAGGAAACGGAAACAAGACAUGGAGAACCCGGCUGCAGCCUCGAGGGCGAAGAAGAGACGGUCCUCCCCCUGUUCUGACCCAGAGGGCUCCGGAAGUGAAGAACGACCGGACUCUCCGAUCGACAGCUUGGACGGGACGAAGAAGAGCGAACGGAAGAAGGAGUUCAUCUGUCAGGUGUGUGAGCAGGCCGGUGAGGACCUGGUUCCCUGCGAAGGCCAGUGUUGUGGCACGUUUCACCUCCACUGCCUGGGUCUGUCCCUCAAACCGGACAAGCUCCUCUGCCAGGAGUGCAGUACAGGAGCCCACAAAUGUUUCAUGUGUAAACAGUCGGAGGGCGAGGUCCGUCGCUGUCAUGUUCCUCACUGCGGUAAGUUUUACCACGACGCCUGCGUUCGCCUCAACCCCCUCACGAUUUUCGACAACAAGGGCUUCCGCUGCCCGCUCCACGCCUGCCUCACCUGCCACUACGGCUCCUGCUCCAAGCCCAGGGCCACUAAAGGCCGGUUGAUGCGUUGCCUUCGGUGCCCUGUAGCGUACCACGCGGGCGACUUGUGCGUGGCCGCUGGAAGCGAGAUGAUCACGAGCACGGCCAUCGUUUGCACGAACCACUUCAACGCCAAGAAGGGCUACAGCCACCACAGCCACGUCAAUGUCAGCUGGUGUUUCGUCUGCUCCAAAGGUGGACAGCUGCUGUGCUGCGAGUCCUGUCCUGCAGCUUUUCACCCAGACUGCCUGAACAUCGCCAUGCCCGAUGGAAGCUGGUUUUGCAACGACUGCCGAGCUGGAAAGAAACCCAGAUACAGGGACAUUAUAUGGGUUAAACUGGGGACGUACCGAUGGUGGCCAGCUGAGAUCCACCAUCCCAAAAACAUUCCUGCCAACAUUCAGCAACUCCGACAUGAGAUCGGAGAGUUUCCCGUCUUCUUCUUUGGUUCGAGGGAUUACUUCUGGACUCACCAGGGUCGAGUCUUUCCCUACAUGGAAGGGGACAGGGGCAGCAAAUAUCAGAGAACCAGUAUCGGCAAAGUCUUCAAGAGCGCUCUGUUGGAGGCCGAAGCUCGAUUUAAGGAAAUGAAGAUAAAACGAGAAGCAAAGGAAGCUCAAGAAAACAGCCGAAAACCUCCUCCAUACAAAUUUAUCAAGGUCAACAGACCCUUCGGCAAGGUGCAGGUCUACACGGCGGACGUUUCGGAGAUCCCCAAGUGUAACUGCAAGCCGGCCGAGCGGCCGUGCAGCUUCGAGUCGGAGUGCCUGAACCGCAUGCUGCAGUACGAGUGCCACCCCCAGGUGUGUCCGAACGGAGAGCGCUGCUGCAACCAGGACUUCACCAAACGUCUCUACCCUGAAACCAAGAUCAUCAAGACCCCGGGGAAGGGCUGGGGUCUGAUCUCCCUGAGGGACAUCAAGAAGGGCGAGUUUGUUAACGAGUACAUCGGAGAGCUGAUUGACGAGGAGGAGUGCAGAGCGAGGAUCAAGUACGCCCACGAAAACAACAUCACCGACUUCUACAUGCUCACCAUCGAUAAGGACCGGAUCAUCGAUGCCGGCCCCAAAGGAAACUACUCCCGCUUCAUGAACCACAGCUGUCAGCCCAACUGUGAGACGCAGAAGUGGACGGUUAACGGAGACACUCGAGUUGGGCUGUUUGCUGUCUGCGACAUACCAGCAGGCACCGAGCUGACCUUUAACUACAACCUCGACUGCCUAGGAAACGAGAAGACCAUCUGCCGUUGCGGCGCUCCCAACUGCAGCGGUUUUCUGGGAGAUCGUCCGAAGAACGGGCAAACAGCCGAGCCAAAAGCAAAGAGGUUAAAGAGGAAGUAUAGGAGGAGAAAAAGUGAAGGAAAGAAGAAGUCUGAGGACGAGUGUUUCCGCUGCAGAGACGGAGGUCAGCUGGUUCUGUGCGGCAAGAAGACCUGCACCAAAGCUUACCACCUGUUCUGCCUAAACCUCACCAAAAGACCGUUUGGACGCUGGGACUGCCCGUGGCAUCACUGCGACGUUUGUGGGAAAAACUCAGCGGCUUUCUGCCAACUCUGUCCGAACUCCUUCUGCAAGGCUCACCAGGAGGGGGCGCUGCGUCCCUGGCCCCCCACAGGACAGCUGUGCUGCACGGAGCAUGACGAGCUGGAGGGAACAGACAACGUGGCCCAGGACGUGAACUCUGAGACGAACGCCGCCGCAGUCGCUGCUGGUUGUCCCAGAGGCUCUAGGAAGGUGGGGGCCAAAAUGAAGGUCUCCAAGAGAAAAGCAUCUGAAGCCUGACGGGAUAUUUCAGAACCAAACCGGACUCAGACACCUCCAUCAUCAACCAGAUCAUGAAACCGAGGCACUGUACGUUCAC